AUGAAAGCCUCUAUCAUUGCUGGUCUCUCCCUUUUGGGAGCGGCCGUGGCUGCCGACAUCCCCUCUAUUGAGAUCAAGGGCAAGAAGUUCUUCUACUCCAACAACGGCACCGAGUUCUUCAUCCGUGGUGUCGCGUACCAGCCCAACUACACGGGUCGCAAUGGUGCUUCCGGCAAGGACUCAUAUACCGACCCGCUGGCCAUCGACAGCUGCAAGCGUGAUAUUCCGUACUUGACCCAACUGCGCACCAAUGUCGUCCGUACAUACGCCGUCGACCCCAGCAAGGAUCACGACGAGUGUAUGAACGCCCUCGCCGAUGCCGGUAUCUACCUGAUCACCGAUCUGUCCUCGCCUAGCGAAUCUAUUGUGUCCGACGACCCUACCUGGAACUCGGAUCUCUUCACUCGCUAUUCCCAGGUCGUCGAUGCCUUCGCCAAGUACCCCAACGUUAUCGGCUUCUUCGCCGGAAACGAGGUCGCCAACAAGGUCAACAACACCAACUCCAUGGCCUACGUCAAGGCCGCCGUCCGCGAUAUGAAGUCCUACAUCAAGCAAAAGAACUAUCGCACCUCCCUCGCCGUCGGCUACGCCACUGACGACGAUGCCACCGUCCGCGAAGCCGUCUCCAACUACCUGAUCUGCGAUGAAGCCGCCGACUCCAUCGACUUCUUCGGCUACAACAUCUACGAGUGGUGCGGUGACUCUACCUUCCAGAAGUCCGGCUACUCCGAGCGCACUAAGGAAUUCGCCGACUACCCCGUGCCCGCCUUCUUCUCUGAGUACGGCUGCAACGAAGUCCGCCCCCGCAAGUUCACCGAUGUUCCCGUCCUGUACAGCGACAAGAUGACCGACGUCUGGUCCGGCGGAAUCGUCUACAUGUACUACGAAGAAGCCAACAAGUACGGUCUCGUCUCCGUCGACGGCGACGAGGUCAAAACCCUUCCCGACUUCACCAACCUCUCCAAGCAAAUGGCCUCUGCAACCCCGACCGGCGUGAAAUCAGACAAAUACUCCGUCUCCACCACAGUCGGUCGCAGCUGCCCCACCAUCGGCUCAGACUGGAACGCCGCGAGCAAGCUUCCCCCUUCGCCCAACGCAGACCUCUGCGAGUGCAUGUACAACUCCCUCGAGUGUGCCCCUAACUCCGAUAUCACCGACAAGCAGGUCGGAUCCACUUUCGGCUAUCUCGGCGGCGAGAAGGGCGUCAUGAACGGAGUGGAGUCGAACGCCACUUCUGGAACCUAUGGCGCUUACUCCAUGUGCUCCGCUAAACAGCGUCUGGCCUGGGCCAUGAACGCUUACUACAAGAAGAACAAGGGUACCGCUGGUGAGAAGGCCUGUGACUUCAAUGGUGUCGCUAAGACCAAGAAGUCUACCUCUGCCUCUGGCUCCUGCGCUACUCAGAUGAGUGCUGCUGGCUCUGCUGGUACUGGUGCUGUCGAUGGUGGUCUUGCUGCUAGCACUGGUGCUGGUGCUUCUGGCUCUGCUAGUGGUGGUGGUGCUACCUCGUCUGGUAUUGCUGCUGGUACUGUUCCCCAGGCUGUGCACAUUGGUGCCUGGCAGACGGGUGCCUAUGCAGUCGCUGCUGUUGCCUCUGGUGUCUUCAUGAUCAUGCUGUAA